UUCCGAACAAGAUAUUCAGGACGCGAAACUUGCAUUAAGCCUUAGAUAGUGCAUUCCAGCCCUGCAGACUCAACCACUGAUCUUCGCGUCUCGAGUUAUUGCACGUCGUAUUCUCUCAGAACAGUUUCAUUUGCAAUAUACCGUGGAAUGCAUUAGUUUCUUUGAUGAUUAACAUUUUAAUCAUUGCUUAUUAGCUAGCUUUCUGGCCAAACCUCAUGAUACGGUUAAGCCUUGGACACCAGCAUCUCGUGAAGGGCAUAUGGCCUUUUCUUUUCUUUUUUCCUUCCUACAUAUUUCUACCCCUCAUUAACUUUAUUUUGGGGCAUCUCCUUCAAAAAGCAGACAUAGCAAUGUUUCUGCUCUUCCCUUUUAACCAUUUGUCGGUUUCCCAGGACGAGAACGUUGCUUAGAAGGCUGGUAUUCUAAUAUCUUACUUCUGAAGACUUACUGCACUUUCUUUGUUUGGCUU